CUUACCCAUCACACCUUCAUAACUUAUAAGACUACACCCAAGUCGCACCAAAUAUCACCACUAACUCUCUUAUCGAACCUGUAGUAGUAUCCAACAUCUACUACAUUAGGUUAAUUGUUCAUUUCCCAAGUUUUUGUAAACACCGACAAAAACCCAUAGCUAUAAUAUUCAUAGCAAUGGAUUUCCUAGACGAGCUUGAGUCGAUGGCUCAGGUCGCUGUCCAACAGCAACAACUAGACGAGAUAGAUAGCGACGAUAUCAAGACAUGACAGUCACUAUUUGGUUACACACAUGCCCAAGCUAUCCAGAAAAUCCAAGAGCACAGGGCCGGUUUGUCUCGUGUCCUCGUUACGGACUCUCAUUGGGAGAUUGUGCGCGCAGAGAAAGAGGCAGAAGGCUACAACAAGGAGGCCUACGAGCACUCCCAUAGCCUCAUGGCGUCCCUUACGUCCAACUCGAGUCCCUUAAAAGGCAUCCGGAAAGUUAACCAUCCGGAUUUCUAUGAGCAGCUAGUAACGCCGGCUCGAGAGAUCGGAGAACAUUGGAACUUAGACCCGAGGUUGAAACAGGAAGACAACCUUGAAAACUUGCAUAUCGAUCAUGGACAAUGCCAGUUUUCAAUGAUUAAGCAGGAAGAGACUGUCAGGAUUCUAGAUGAGACAUCUAGAACAAAGGACACGUUCAGUAUAUAUAGACACAGACUCUCGUGACAGAGACGAGGUUACCAUUGGAGCAAGAAUCAUCA